CCGAAGCUCGGGCGGCUCCUCCCGCGGAGAGCCGAACCGGACCGAGCCGAGCCGAGCCAAGCCGAGCCGGGGGCGCAGAGCGCGGGAGGCGGCGGCGGCGCGGAGCCCAGGCAGCUGUGCUGCCCAUGGGAGUGCUCCGGCUCGGCGGAUGAAGUUGGUACACACACCAUGUCAUCAUGUGUCUCUAGCCAGCCCACCAGCGACCGUGUGGCCCCCCAGGAUGAGCUGGGAAGUGGGGGUGGCAGCCGGGAAAGCCAGAAGCCCUGCGAGGCCCUGCGGGGACUCUCAUCCUUAAGCAUCCACUUGGGCAUGGAAUCCUUCAUUGUGGUCACCGAAUGCGAACCAGGCCAGGGUGUGGACCUCAGCCUGGCCCAGGACCAGCCUCUGGAGGCUGAUGGCCAGGAACUGCCCCUUGAUGCCUCACAGUCUGAGGCACGUCCUCUACUCUCUGGUCGCAAGAUGUCCCUGCAGGAGCGAUCCCAGGGUGGGCCAGCAUCUGGCAGCAGCUUGGACAUGAAUGGACGUUGCAUCUGCCCGUCCCUGUCCUACUCGCCAUCCAGCUCCCCACAGUCCUCCCCCCGGAUGCCACGGCGGCCCACAGUGGAGUCACACCAUGUCUCCAUCACAGGUUUGCAGGACUGUGUGCAGCUGAAUCAGUAUACGCUGAAGGAUGAAAUUGGAAAGGGCUCCUACGGUGUGGUCAAGCUGGCCUACAACGAAAAUGACAACACCUACUACGCGAUGAAAGUGCUGUCCAAAAAGAAGCUGAUCCGACAGGCUGGUUUUCCACGUCGCCCCCCACCUCGAGGGACUCGCCCAGCUCCAGGGGGCUGCAUCCAGCCCAGGGGCCCCAUCGAGCAGGUGUACCAGGAAAUCGCCAUCCUCAAGAAGCUGGACCACCCCAAUGUGGUGAAGCUGGUGGAGGUCCUGGAUGACCCCAAUGAGGACCAUUUGUACAUGGUGUUUGAAUUGGUCAACCAAGGGCCUGUGAUGGAAGUGCCUACCCUGAAGCCACUAUCCGAAGACCAGGCCCGAUUCUACUUCCAGGAUCUGAUCAAAGGCAUUGAGUAUUUACACUACCAGAAGAUCAUCCACCGGGACAUCAAGCCUUCCAACCUCCUGGUGGGGGAAGACGGGCACAUCAAGAUAGCAGACUUUGGUGUGAGCAAUGAGUUCAAGGGCAGCGAUGCCUUGCUGUCUAACACCGUGGGCACACCUGCCUUCAUGGCACCUGAGUCGCUCUCAGAGACCCGCAAGAUCUUCUCUGGGAAGGCCUUGGAUGUUUGGGCCAUGGGUGUGACACUGUACUGUUUUGUCUUUGGUCAGUGUCCUUUCAUGGAUGAGAGAAUCAUGUGUUUGCACAGUAAGAUCAAGAGCCAGGCCCUGGAGUUUCCAGACCAGCCUGAUAUAGCCGAAGACUUGAAAGAUCUGAUCACCCGAAUGCUAGACAAGAACCCAGAGUCCAGGAUUGUGGUGCCCGAAAUCAAGCUGCACCCUUGGGUCACGAGGCACGGGGCGGAGCCAUUGCCAUCGGAGGACGAGAACUGCACUCUGGUCGAGGUGACCGAAGAGGAGGUGGAGAACUCAGUCAAACACAUUCCCAGCCUGGCGACUGUGAUCCUAGUGAAGACCAUGAUUCGGAAACGCUCUUUCGGGAACCCGUUUGAGGGCAGCCGGCGGGAGGAACGUUCCUUGUCAGCACCAGGAAACCUGCUUACCAAAAAGCCAACCAGGGAAUGGGAGCCCUUGUCUGAGCCCAAGGAAACAAGGCAGCGAAGACAGCCUCCGGGGCCCCGAGCCAGCCCCCGCGGGGGAGGAGGAAGUGCUCUUGUGAAACGUGGUCCCUGCGUGGAAAGUUGGGGAGCUCCGGCCCCCAGCUCCCCACCACGCAUGCCUCCUCUGCAGUCUGCGGAGGCGAUGGAGCCGGAGUAACUGCCUGGACCACCCGACCUCGCAUGCCUGGCUGUGUGGCCCUGCACGAGGCUGCUGCACCCUGCCCUGCGUUUCCAUAGCAGCAUGUCCUACGGAAACCAAGCACGUGUGUAGAGCCUUGACGGUCAUCUCUGGUUAUCUGGGGUUUGUUUGUUGUUUGUUUUGUGUGUGUGUGUGUGUGUGUAUGUGGUUUUUCUUUUUUUCCUUUGUUGUCUAAGGGGACAAAGAAAAAAAAAAGGACUUGACUCCAUGACGUCGACUUUGGCUGCUGGCUGGCCGGACUGGCGGGUGUGAGGAGUUGCAAACCCAGACCAACAUGCAUUUUGGGACAAUUGCUUUUUAAAAGAUUUUUAUGCCAAAAAAAAAAAAAAAAAAAAACGAACCACAAACAAAACACCUUCAUCGUGAAUUCAGGACCAUGUCAGACGUACCAAGUGAGUGUGUGUGGACUGCAGCUGUGUGAAGACUCAAGUGGGGAACUGCUGGCUGGGGCUACACUUGAGGGGAGUGGAAGAUUCAGUGUGACCCGUGUAAACCUGAAGCCGGGCGCCUUCCAGAACCAUGGAGGGACAGUGGCUGCAGGGCACUUGGAUGUAAUUUAUUUGUAAUGAGGACUUUCUAGGUGUUUUUUUUUUCUUUUUUUAACGGGUGAAAUUUUGGUCAGGAAAACUAAAAGGGCUUGCAGUUGAAAUGCUUGAGGGGCGUUUAGCCACUCGGGAAGGGCAUUCAGCAGCUGUAGUGGCAAAGGCUAGUCCGGAGAACGGAACACGUUUCUUCCUGUUGGCCGAGUCAGCUAAGCUAAUUCUCCUUGUAAAUUGGCAAAAACUUCAGGGUGAAAGCCUGCACUUUCAAGUACAUUACAUGGCUGAAGACUCAACAGUUGAUGCCGAGUCCCUCGCUGGCCUGGAGUCUGGAGAAAUUCAGAAGUUACAUAUUGGAACGUCCAGGGGCUUGUUACAGCUUCCAUCGUGUGAUUGUGUGGUGGGGACUGUAAGCUCUCUCCUCUGAAGUACUGUCUGGUUGAUGUAGUCAAUGAAGCGUCGCUGUCCCGCGGGGCCACUUUCCUGUGGGCGGCACCAUCACUGAGCUUAGGCACAGAUGGCUAUCCUUAGGGUCAAGGCUUUAGGGUGAACCACACAGUGACAUCAGGGUGCCACUGUAGAGAAAAGAGACAUUCCUCAGGGCAAAGGACCUUUUUGUUUUAUUCUUUGUAGCCAGGGGCCUCAAGAGCAAAUGUGGACCUUUUUGACUUCUAGCCAAUACUGGAAGUUUAGUAGAGGUUUAGGUGUGAGUAUCAAGGGCCACAGGGGAAACCAUGAAGUUUAACGGGGGCUUCCAGACUCUUUCCAGGGCUUUGGAGUGAUCUGUAAUGACUGUCUCAGUAUUGAGGCUCAGAAGACUGCUUCCUGCUAGCUUCUGUCUGGUGGGCCUCUGUGCAGGGUUUUCCUGCAGAGGGGGGAGUGAGGCCCAUUCCCCCUUGCCUGGCCAUAUGCAGAGUCUAGGUGUUCUUAAGCUCUUGAAUAGUUCUUGCCAGACAUUUCUUGCUGUCACAUAAGUUAACUAGAAUUAGGGCAAAGACUCUACUGUGUGUGUGAGGGGGUCCUCUCACCUGCUUGCAUUGUCUUUGUAACUUUCCUCUUUUAAAUGUAAGGAGAAAUAACCCAGUAGCUCUAGCCCUUCUGGCCACAGAUGUAGUUCGGCUUGCUUGCAAUAAGCACCUGGAGGUAGUUAAAGCUAACAGGUCCUGAGGCUCAGUCCCAGUCUGUCUGCCUGGAUUCUGGCUUGGCCAAGAGGCCUGCCUCAGGAGGGCAAGCAUUGUACAGAGCUCUGCAGAACUCUUCUUGUGUUUACACAACCCUACUGGGCAAUGCCCGCUCUCCCUACCCCGGAACUUGCCAUCCAAAGUGUCUGAAGUGGAUUGCCAGCGAUCAAUCAUGCAGCACCCGGGGUUGAGAGGUCCACGUGGGUUAACUUUUUUCUUAAACAAUGAAACACCAAAGAAAGCUGUGGAAAGGAGCGGCCCCCCCUCUCCCACCCUGUCCAGCUGCCGUGGGAAGUGUAAGAGGUACAGCCAUGACUAGAGCAUUAGAGCACAGCACUGUUUUCAAAAGCCAAAAGCGUUGUCAGCAGGCUGCCUCGGCAGCUUUUCUGUGUGGGCAGAUAGGAUGCCCACUGUUCGUUCCGUGCUGGGUCACCCAUGAUUAACGGAUAGGCAGGCUUGGUCUGCACCUACGGCCUUGAAGAAAGCACAAGUCCCACCCCUUCUUUUCUGUCUUUUCUGCCUCCCCCAUACAUCCCACAGGCUAUUAGUGGCUCCCAGACACCUUACAGAGCCCCUUGUUGUCAUUCGGGGCUACAGAGGUCACCUCCCUACUGGUCUGGCCUUCCCAUGGGACAGAGCUCUUGUCCCCGGACCUUCCUAGAAUUAGGGGAACGUCUGUGCACGUUGAGACACCGGGUUAGGCCCACAGCCCUCGCCUCCUUCCUGAGGGUGUACUUUACAUUACCAGUGCAGAACCAGAGCCUCCAUUUGCUCCCAAGGUGCUAGGGAAGAGUGCUGUUUCCUCUUCUCCAGCCUCAGGGCCGAGCUGCGUGAGACUUUGGACUUUUCUAUUUGGUGACCGAUGCCCUCUGCUUCUGUUUUAUUGCCCCGAUCCUCUCUACUAUGCAUUUUCCUUUUACCAGGUGUACAGAGUUAAAUACUGUGUAUUUAUCACUUACAAGUACAUGAACUGAAGAGACAAGCUUGCGGUUGUUUUCCCACAGGUGAUUAAGCUUCUCUGUAAACUUGAAAUAAACAGACAGCAAAAUGGUGCAAA